GCCGCCGCCGAUGAUGCGAAGCCCUCCGCCUUCGGCGCCAGGAAGGAGCUCUCCCCGCUCCAGGCCGUGGUCGACGCGCUCUCCCCCCCGGCGAGGCUCGCCAGCUCCGCCGUCCUCGCCGCCGCCGCCAUCGCCGCCGGAUACGGCCUAGGGCUCCGCCUCGGGGGUACCCGCGCCGCGGCGAUCGGCGGCGCCGCCGUUCUCGGGGCCGCGGGGGGCGCCGUCGUCUAUGCGCUCAAUGCAAGUGUGCCGGAGGUAGCGGCAGCGAAUCUCCACAAUCUCGUCGCCAGCUACGAUGAUCCGGCCGCGCUGAACAGGGAGGAUGUUGAAUCCAUCUUGAAGAAAUAUGGUGUUAAGAAAGAAGAUGAGGCCUUCAGAGCAGAGCUUUGCGAUUUGUAUAGUAGGUUUGUCUCUUCAGUUCUUCCACCUGGAGCUGAAGAUCUCAAAGGCAAUGAGGUUGAGACAAUUAUAAAAUUCAAAGCAGCUCUUGGAAUUGAUGAUCCGGAUGCAGCUAACGUUCACAUGGAGAUUGGAAGGCGAAUUUUCAGGGAGAGGUUGGAAACAGGAGAUCGUGAAGCUGAUAUGGAGCAGCGAAAGGCAUUUCAGAAGCUUAUUUAUGUAUCAAAUCUGGUGUUUGGUGAAGCAUCAACAUUCCUGUUGCCAUGGAAACGUCUCUUCCGGGUCACUGAUUCGCAGGUUGAUAUAGCUAUUCGGGAGAACGCCAAGAGAUUGUAUGCUUUCAAGCUCCAGUCUGUUGGAAGAAAUAUUGAUGCAAAGCAGCUAAUUGAUUUGAGAAAAGCACAACUUCUUUACAGACUUUCCGAUGAGAUUGCUGCUGAGAUGUUUAGGGAGCAUACAAGGAAAUUGAUUGAAGAAAAUAUCUCAACAGCUCUUGAAAUUCUCAAGUCUCGCACAAAAGCACUAAGGGGAUCUAAAGUAGUAAUCGAAGAGCUUGAGAAGGUUCUGGUGCUAAAUGAGUUGCUGAUUUCGUUGAGCAAACAUGCUGAAGCUGCUCAAUUCGCUCCAGGCGUUGGACCUAUUUCUUUGUUAGGUGGAGAAUAUGACGGCGAUAGAAAGAUAGGUGAUCUAAAGCUGCUAUACAGAGCUUAUGCAGGGGAAGCAUUCCCAAAUGGACGGCUUGAUGAGAAAAAGCUUGUUGCUUUGAACCAUCUGAGGAACAUAUUUGGUUUAGGAAAACGCGAGGCAGAAGCAAUUAUGCUAGAUAUCACGUCUACUCUGUAUCGAAAGCGGCUUGCAAAGUCCUUCAACACUGAGCUGGCGGAGGCUCCUAGCAAAGCGGCCUUCCUCCAAAAUCUUUGUGAAGAGUUACAUUUUGAUCCAGAAAAUGCUAGCAAAAUACACGAAGAAAUUUACCGGCAAAAACUUCAACAGUUUGUAGCUGAUGGGGAGUUGAGUAAGGAAGAUGUAGAGUCUUUAAUGUCUUAUCAAGUUCGUCUCUGUAUUCCUCAACAAACUGUUGAUGCAGCUCAUGCUGAGAUAUGCAGUCGCUUGUUCGAGAAGGUUGUCAAGGAUGCAAUUGCAUCAGGUGUUGAGGGGUAUGAUGCUGAAGUCAGAGCAUCUGUAAGGAAGGCUGCUCAAGGGUUGCGCUUAAAAAAGGAAGAUGCCAUGGCCAUUGCUAGCAAAGCGGUGCGAAGGGUAUUUUUGAAUUAUGUUCAACGAGCUCGAGGGGCAGGCAACCGCAUCGAAACUGCGAAAGAGCUAAAAAAGAUGAUUGCAUUCAACACCUUGGUUGUCACUGAGUUGAUAUCCGACAUUAAAGGUGAGUCGACAACUUUACCAACUGAACCUGUUAGUUCCGAACCAGAACAGAUUGUAGAAGAAAAAGAAGAAGAUGAGUGGGAGUCAUUGCAGACACUGAGAAAGACCAGGCCCAGCAAAGAACUUGAGGCAAAGCUGGGCAAGCCAGGUCAAACAGAAAUAACUCUCAAAGAUGAUCUUCCAUUCAGGGAGAGAGCUGAUCUCUAUGAGUCCUACUUGCUCUUUUGCAUCACUGGUGAGGUCACCGUAGUUCCCUUUGGAGCACAGAUCACCACAAAGAAGGACAAUGCCGAAUAUUUGCUUCUAAACCAGCUUGGAGGAAUACUCGGUUUGACAAAUAAAGAAGUUGUGGAUAUUCAUAUUAAGUUUGCUGAACAAGCAUUUACGAAACGGGCCGAGGUUAUUUUAGCCGAUGGGCAACUAAGCAAAGCUCGGAUUGAACAGCUUGCUGAAGUUCAAAAGCAGGUGGGCUUGCCUGGUGAGUAUGCACAAAAGGUUAUUAAGAACAUAACAACAACGAAAAUGGCAGCUGCGAUAGAAACAGCUGUGAACCGAGGGAGGAUUGGUAUACAACAGGUGAGAGAGUUAAAGGAAGCAAAUGUUGAUUUGGAUAGCAUGAUAUCGGUAACUUUGAGGGAAAACAUCUUUAGGAAAACUGUGGAGGAGAUCUUUUCGUCAGGUACGGGUGUGUUCGAUGAGCACGAAGUGUAUGAAAAGAUCCCGGCAGAUCUUAGUAUAGAUGCUGAGAAGGCUAAAGGGAUUGUUCAGGAGCUUGCUAAGACUAGGCUGGAGAACUCACUUGUUCAAGCUGUUGCAUUACUCCGGCAGCGGAACCGAGAUGGAGUGGUUGCUUCCCUGAACGAUAUGCUUGCUUGUGACACUGCGGUCCCUUCUGAGCCGUUAUCAUGGUCCUCACCACAAGAGCUUGAUGACUUGUACUGCUCGUAUCUCAAGAGCAUUCCGAAGCCCGAGAAGCUCUCUCGGCUGCAGUACUUGCUCGGCAUAAGCGAUGAAAAGGCUUCGAUGCUUCAAGACGCCGCAGCGCAGGGAGCAUUGCCGAUGGGAAACGAAGAGGAAGAGGAAGAAUUUGCGUUUUAAACCUCCGAGCAAAUUUUUGGUAGCCUUGUAGUUCUCUGGUAGAGUCGAGAAGCUCGAGUGUCAUAGACUUGAUGUUAAGGGUAGCAGUUGGUGCCUGUAGCUUCAGUAUUUCCGGGUGUUUUGUCUGCUUAAUUCUAAGAUCUGCUCUGAAGACUGUACAGCUCCAUUUCUUUUCUCCUCUUUAUCUUUUUCUUUUUAACACAAUACAGGGUUGUUCUAUAGGCCUUUCUUGGCUUGUUUUACAGCCUUAAAACUCAGGAGCUUAUCUUGUAAUUGCAAGUAUAAUCUUUCAACAUUAGAUAUACUAGAUUAAAUUUCAACA